AUGGCACCUGCACUGCUUGCAGUGGAUUACUAUGUGCCGCUUGCUAACCGGAAGCUGACCAUAGCAGCCUCUUCAAUCACUCUUUUAGUUCUGGCCUGGUUAGCCGUUUCCCUAAGACUGUACACUCGCUACAAGAUCCGUAGUUUUGGAUGGGACGAUGCCCUCGUUGCUUGCGCUGGUCUCUCAAGCAUCGCUGGAACCAUCUUCCUCCAAAAUGAAAUUCCUUACGGGCUCGGCCUGCAUCUCAGGACCAUGUUAAUACCCAACAAAGAGGGUAUGGGAUUCUCCUAUAAAACAUUCGAAGGUUAUCUUCUUUGGUUCUAUCUUACCAACAUUUCCUACGCUGCAUCCACAACUCUCAUUAAACUUUCCAUUCUUGUCCAGUACCUGCGGCUCUUCCCAAGAGCCCAGCACAAAACUGUCAACAACAUCUGCAUAGUCCUCAUUACCAUCGUCGCAUCUUGGGGAGUCGGUUAUUUCUUGGUCGCCAUUUUCGGCUGCAACCCCAUCCACAAAGCUUGGAAACCUCUUCUUCCUGGAAAGUGUAUCAUGUUUGGCUCUACGGACAUCCACUGGGUUUACGUGGCAUACACUUCCCAAACAGCAUCCAACAUGUGCGUGGAUAUUCUGAUACUAUUGGUCCCACUGCCAUCGCUUGUGAAGGCCACGCUUUGUCCGAAGCAGAAGCUGUGUCUCUUUGGUCUUUUCAGCAUCGGCACUGUUGCCGUCAUCUGUUCAGCUCUCCGUCUAUGGCUCGUCAUCAAGUCGCGGGCCGGAACAUAUCCCACGCAAGAUCCGCCCUGGUACGCGCCUCCGAUCAUUCUCAUGUCAUGUCUCGAAAUCGACCUCGCCAUCGUAACCGCCUCAGUGCCCAUUUUUUGGCCACUCAUCACCAACUUCGGCGCCGUCAAGAUCAACGUCGUGCAAGAGGUCAUCGUCAACAACGAAACCCGCAAAACGUGGUUUUUGGAGCGCACAAUCGAGCGAGACGGCGCUACGAGCAGCACGAGGAGAAGCAGCGAUGGCAGCGAAGUGAAUCUGAAGCUGGCGGAUUCGACGGCAGAUCACCAUCGCCAGUACUACGCUGAUAGGGCGAUCGCGGACAUGGUUGUGGGUGGGAUUGACAGGGAAGAUGGGGAAGGCAGGUCAGCAGCGGCAGGCCACAGCGCUCAGGCUUGGUAUGAUCCCGUUGCUUUACAAACAUUUCACAAAAAAUAG